AUGGGUGACGAAUUAAAAAAUAAACUCUUCCUAAGGAAGACAGCAGCAUUUUCAAGAGAGAAAAAUGAUGAAGAACAACAACAACAAUCAAAUCCAACUCCAAUAGUUCCCAUACAACCAAUAACUCCACUUCCACAAUCACAACCUCAACAGCAGCAACAACCUCAACAACAACAACAACAGUUUGUUCCUGUUCAACCUUCUAUGAAGAAAAAACCUCCACCUGUAGUUCGAACCUAUUCUACAGUGCAAUCAACAGAAUCAUCAUCAUCAGCAUCAUCAGGCAGCAGUAGUAAUAAUCCACCUCCCAUCACUCCAAUUCUUUCUCAACAAAACUCGAUGACAAAUAUACAGCAGGCUCCUCAACAACAGCAAACAACCACAACAGCAGCAGCGCCACAACAACAGCAACCACAAGCAAAGAGUUCGCAACCAGCUGCUGCAGCACCUAAUCAACAGAAGGAUGAUCACAAGGAAAAUAGAUUGACAUCACUCUUUAAGAAACCAUUGAAAAAGAUAACAGCUGUUGCAAAUUUGAUUCAUAGCGACGAUGGUCACAAGAAAGAUGGAAAGACUGUACGUGCAGUCGUAUUAUACGAGUUUGAAACAGAGAAUCCAGGUGAACUACCAUUGAAAGUCGGUGAGAUCAUUACUAUUCAAUCGAAAGAUCAGAGCGGUUGGUGGCAAGGAACCAAUUCAAAUGGUCAACAAGGUUGGUUCUCACACACAUUCGUCGAGGAAGUCAAAGAGGAAUCAUCACAACAACAGUCACAAAAGAAAGAACCACCUCCAUCCAAGCCACAACCACCCAAACCACAAUCACAACCACAGCAACAACCACCUCAACCACAAUCGGUUGAAACCAAGCUUCAAGCGAUCAAGGAUACACCAAAACUAGAGCACGUCAGAAAACCAGGAGCUGCUCGUGGACGUAAGCCACCCUCGAGAUCAAGAGCAUCCUAUCUAUUGCCACCAGACGAGCGUGAGGAACGUGAAAAGAUGAGAGCACAAUACUAUUCACUCGCACCAAGACCCGGACUGAAAGAUUCCGAUGAAAACACACCUCCACCACUCGGAGAGAUAGAAAGUAGCCACAGCGACGGUGAGGAGCCAUCAACACCACAACAAUCGACACCAAAUCCACUGUCUGCAAGCCAGCCUGUCGACAAGAAACCACCACCACCACUUGCACCAAGAAGAAAUCCAAUCUCUGCUUCCUCAGGUACAGUACCAAAUAAUAGUGGUAACUCGAGCGCCAAUACAUCGGCGUCGAGCAGCGGAGCAGUCAGUCCUAUUUCCCAAUCCGGUGAGCUUCCACCUCCUCUUGCCGAUCUCAAUACAUCAUCAGAUUCGGUAGUCGACAAACCAUCGGCUGCCGCAGCAGCUUCUGCCGGCGGACAACCAGACAAACCGGUUGUCAUGAAACCAAAGAUGCCAAUCAUGAAGAAACCAGCAGCUAAACCAGCGGCAGCCGGAUCUUCCUCCACUCCAGGUAGUUCAGAAUCAUCCACAAACUCGGCACCAUCACCUUCACCAACUGGAAUCUCGGCAACUCCACCCAACCUUCCACAGCUUUCCGAUGAGGAUAGAGAGAGAAUCGUAGCAAAACCAAUGUUGAAACCAACUCUCAAACCAAAGCCAACAUCUCCACCAGCAGUCGCCACCUCUGAACCUGCAGAAUCUUCAGACGAUGGUGUACCGCCUCCAUUAGGCAAUCUAGAGCGUAGCUCACCAAGCAAACCAGCAUCGAACGAAAGUGGAAUCGAUACAUCCAAACCAGAAUUAAUGAAGGUACUCAGACCAAGACAACCACCUCAACAACAACAACCACCAGCAGCAGCAGCAUCAACAGAUAGCAAUGCACCACCUUCAACAUCACCAGCACCUCUCAGACCAAAGCCACCACCCGUCGCCAAGAGAGAUCCAAAACUUUCGUCCUCUGUCAACUCUACACCAUCAACAUCGCCACCAAACUCAACCUCACCACCUGGCCACCCAAACGAACCAAUACCAUCUACUGAAUCACAACCAACUACAGUAGCAUCCAGUCAACCAGAAGAAACACCUGUAGCUGUACAGCCACCAACACCAACACCAUCAUCAGCUCCAGUAUCUGUACCAGUAUCAGCACCAGCACCAGCUGCAGCUGCAGCGGCAUCGGCUACACCAUCGAGCACACCAAAGACAACACCAAAAUCUACACCAAAGACAACACCAAGAACCUCUCCAACCUCAUCAUUAUCAUCGCCAAUUGAAUCGAUUUUCAAGGAAUUAGCAUCGAUCACCAGUCAAGUGGAUGCAAUUCCACUGCCAGAGACAUCUUUCCAACACCAAUAUCCAGCUUUACAAAAUAACUUUUUAUUCGAUAUAUGCACAGAGUGUAGAUGGCAAGAAUUGGACCAACGACAGCAAUCUUUCUCAAUCCACCAAGAUUCCAUUGUUCCAACUGAUAUGGCCAUUAAUUUAUUCCAAAAGAAAGCACACAAUCCAUUCUGCAUCGGUGGAAACUUGGUUGAAUCACAUCUUUUAUCGAAUACCUAUCCAAAUGCAGCUCAAAGAAUUUCAAAAAUUAUUUUAAGACUUCAACAAUUGGUAAAUGGAAGUGUAUCUUGUGAUAUGGCAUGUUAUCUUUCACAGAAAUCAGAGAGUUCCGAUGAAGUUACCACUGCUCAUCUUAUAAAGAGUGCCGGUCUUAUUAAGCAACCCGAUGAUAUUUUAGAUAUUUACUAUCAACUCAAUUCUAUUCAAAUGAGUCCAUCACAGAUUGCUGCGCUCGCAGCUACCAUUGCCGGUGAGGGUCUCAGUCCAAUCACAAGCAACAAACUAUGUAACAACAAAUCAAUUAUCAACGGCAUGUUGACCACACUUAAGACCUGUGAUCCAUCAUGCAGCAAGACAACCAAUCGCUAUGAAGUACUACAGCUCUCCAGUGAUAGUGGUAUCAUGAUGCUCAUCGUACCAGGCGUACUCGGUGUAGCCAUCUGCACAACCUCGACCAAACAACCCGAGGAACCAAUACAAAACAGAGCAGAACAUCAAACUAGUAAUAGUAGUAGAUACAGCAACUAA